AUGUCCUGCCCUGGAGAGCGCGUGUAUCCCCUUCGCAAACCUCCAAACCACAAACUUCCCGUGCCCCGUUUUCACCAUAGACUUCGAGCUGGCAUUGAUCACAUCUUCACCACUUACAUCGGCAUCCAAGUGAGGUCGGAUGGGGCUCGUGCCUCUCAAGCUGGGGCAGAAGCUGUCAGAGCGGUGCAAGAAUGGCUAGAGGAUCCAGACUCUCGCCCCGCGGCCUGGGAAUCCUUCGCGCUCAUCGACGGCGUAGAUCAACCGGGCACAUCUGUCUGGGUCUGCUACUUUGACGACGAGUCCCGGUACAACAGUGGCCUAACUCAUCUGAACCUGGACAAAAUCCACGCCGGUUUGGAUGCCCACGGCCGUGCAUCCGUCGGCCUCUGGCGAGAGAGCUUCAAGUCCGCCGACGCCCGGCUCGAGACCAACUACAGCGGCACCGACUACCUCCCCGGUCUCUGCAGGCUCCCAGGCACGACCGCCGUCGAGCACGAGCUCGCGACGUACUGGGGCGCAGCGCGCGACCGCAUCCCCGACUCUGCCCACGACCUCUUCGAGCAAGCAGACGAGGCCUUGCUAGCAAUAUUACCCGAGGACAUGACACCACGCGGCACGGGGCAGCACCUCAGCGGCACCAACUACGCCAACCUAGUGCACAUCAGAUCCGGCCAGUUCUGGGAGACCUGCGGCGCAGAGGAGGCGGCGGCGUACGAGCAGAAGCUCGAGCCGGCGCUCCGCGCGGGACUGGCCUACCUGUGGGAGCACGAGCGGGAGACCGGCUCUCGGGCGCUGCGCUACCUCCGCAACCAAGAGAUCCGGACGGACUACGGCCGUGGCUGCUGCGGCGGCCAGGAGGAGGCGCGGAAGGAGUCGUGCGGCGCGGGCUUCUUCACCAGCCUCGGCGCGCUCGAGAGGUGGUCCAGGACGCACAGGUCGCACCUGGCCAUCUACGGCGGCGCGCUGGCGCACUACAAGGCGUUCCCGGGCGAGAGGCGCAGGCUGCGGACCUGGCACGAGGUCUCUGUCCUGCGGGCAGGCGACGCCAGGUUCGAGUACGUCAACUGCGCUCCGCGGACAGGAGUAAUCGGUACUCUGAAGCUUGACAUCAAGGACAUUCGGUAA